CACGGGGAUACCGCGACGCGACUCCGACUCGACGCGUCUAAGCUUACUUGGAUCUCUCCUCCUCCUCCUCCUCCCUCACCCGCCCAACGUCCAUCGGUAGCCGCAGCUCGCGCCGGGUUGCUAGCCUUUUUGUUGUUUCAGUCUUCAAGCAGGCAGUGGUGACCCAUGAUAGCGGAGGUUCUCCUUGUGCUAGCCGGGCACUCUUCGUCGUUGUUUCCGAAGGACCACAACGUCCACCCUGCCUUCUCCUCCUUGUUGCAUCCCGGAGAGCAACAAUGCUUAGAGUCUUUGGGCCAAAUUGCGGUUCGAUACCGAAAGAUCAAGGCGGCGUGCUCUGCGCUCUCGCGUUCGCAAUCACGCUAUGUCUCCGCCCUAUGCGCGACUCUGAACCAGAUCCUCAAAGACGAAUACGAGAACCUAGUCGUUGAGACAGAAGCUAAGGUGCUGAAGCGGGAUCCUAAUCUGGUAGCAAGUGGGUCGUUCGUACCGCUAUCUUCCAUCAGGGCCACAUUCUCCGAAUGGGACGCACCUCUUGCCGCUCUAGAAACCCUCUUCGACCAAUUACAGGCGCAAACGUCUUGGCAGCCUGGGCCGUUGAUUGACCUUCUCCAGAAGCGGUCACAUACUGGUAUCCACCGAAUUGCGUCUAUUCAUGCCCGUCUGUGCGAGGCCGUGCAACGAGUUUGGAUGGCGCAGCUACAGGCGUUUUUGAUUCACGGCGCGGUAACGGAAAAGGAACCACUAGCCGACAAGGACUACACACUGCUGGAGGCGGCUGUACCGUCUUGCGUGUCUACUCAGUCGCGAGAAUCCGUGGCCUAUGUCGGUCGAGCUAUCGGCACGGUCAAAGCUGCGAAAUGGGAGAGACAAUUCCCGCGGGAGUUAGCCAUGGAGCAUAGCAAGCUGUUGGAAGGGGUAUUGCCCCAAGAGCAGUACGCGUUUGACCGCAUAAUCACUGACAUCCGGACGACUGUCAGUGAAUGGCUAUGGCUCAACGUUCUCACGCAGAAGGACGUCGACAUUGCCGUAGAGUCUCUUGCCAACUACUUUCUGCUCCGGAAUGGGGAGUUCGCGCUGUCACUCAUCCGGGAAAUCGAACGCCUCAAGAUCUCGCGGCUAACAGGCCGAGCGGGACCCACAACCAUGAUCAGGGAGCAAGAUCUGCAUCUUGCCCUUCUUCGUGCGUCACUAGGUACAACAGCUCAACAAGAUCCGUCGCUCUCCCACCUCCGGUUCCGCCUCCCAUCGGGACCCUUACGCCCCCUAUUGCCUUCACUCGCCACGGGCCCCGCUAAGGACCUCUCGGCGUCACUUUCGGCAGUCGAAGCGACCAGCUUCGAUGACUUGCUCCUUGGCACCCCUCUCGUUCUGACAUACAACGUGGCUUGGCCGCUGGAUCUCUUCCUGCACCCGUCGGAUCUCCAGAUCUACGGCGCCCUGUUCACUUACCUAUCUGCACUCCGCAAGACCCACACGCGCAUUCAUUCUUGUUGGACUUCUCUGUCGAACGCCCAGCGCGCACGUCGGCGAUGGACAGGCCUAGGAGAAGGUGGGACGACUGAGGACCUUGAGGUGCGAAAGGAACUCCUACGCUGCGGGUGGGGUGUGGUACGAGAGAUGAGCUGGUUCCUCGACACGCUUCUGGGCUAUGUCAUGACGGACGUCAUAGACGUCGAGUUCAGGAGACUGAAGAGGUUACUCUUGGAGAAGACGUCCGGGAUUGUCAGGCAGCCGACCGGUACGCAACCUGCAGCCGACACGGACGCCGAUCCGGCAAUUGGAAUCCCUCAUUCCUCAUCCACUGUUCCUGCAUCCUCAGGUGCGGCGUCUCACCCCUCCACCUCCUCGCCGUCACAGCUAGACUUCACCACCCUGCGCAACAUCCAUACCACCUAUCUCGAGCGUCUUCUCACCGGUAGCCUUCUGUCUAACCCUGCAUUGACGGCGAUCAUUCGAUUGAUCUUGGAGAUCUGCGAACGGUUUGUCGCGCAAGUUGAGAGGUGGGGAGGAGACGUUCUCCCGGCUCUUCUCUUCGAGGGAAGCCUCGCUGCCGGCGGCGAUAGAGUGGGUGAAAUGGUCAAGGAACGGCAGGGCAUCGUGGCCGAGAUUAAUGAGGCGCUACAUUCACUCUUGAGUGCAUUCUAUGAACAGUUGUCCCUUUCAACGACGCAGCAACCUCUCUCGGCGGCCACGGAUGCAUCGAAGUCGAUGGCUCAGAACGCAAGCAUGGCAAACGCCUCGAGCUUCCGCACCUUCAUUCGUCCGAAGCGCGGCAAACGCCUUGCAGGGGACGAGGAGGUCCGUCGGCACGUCGAACGCCUGCUUUUGCGCCUGGAUUUCAACGGCGGCUUCUCGAAGCCAACUCUGAACGUAAGAAUGCCUGCGAGCGAGACUGAGGAAAUCUUGAAGCAAGGCGGGCUCGCGUAGGUUAAGAAGGGCGGGGAUGCUUGCUAGCGAGCCGGGGGUAUGGUGGCUGGUUUCGGACCGAGCUUGAGGCGAUUUGUACUCGUUUCGUGACAGAUGUACGUAGAAUAUAGUGCGACGGUAAUUGAGAGUGUGUGCGGA